CGUAAGUGGGACUCCCCAACAGGUUGGGGUUCAUCUGUCAAUCAUUCAAAUUGUGACUUUUAUCAUACCUCUAACGUACGAUUAAAAUCUUCUUACCUUCCGAUUGUGAGCCUCCAGCAGCUGCUAGCAGACCCACCAGAAUUAUUCCGGGUAGCAUCAGGACACUGAUUUUUGACUUUGAGAAACAAAAUGCAGCAAUUGAGUGAGGUCGGGGCGAUGUUCGACAUCGUUUAUAAACAUGAUAAUCACCAACUGCUCUGCUGGCAAAUCCGUUAUCUUGUGAGCGUCCAUUAGCGUCCAACGUUUUUAAUGUUCUCUCUAGCCGCAUACUUGGGGAAGCGGCCCGAACACUGUAGUUCGUGAUGACCUACAAGUGCAGUCGUACCUAUCAGGAAAGCGGCACUACCGUAUGCGAGUCAGGUCCUGGAAUAGCCCAGCCCAUUUACUAUAUCUUUUCGUAUUCGUCGCAUGAUCAAAAUUUCCAGUCGUUAGUUACUUAUCUCCAAACUUGAGCGAAGUUUGAACUCGGGAAACUCCAUCUGUCCGCAAUGGCCAGUUAAGAGGUGCAAUCAGCUGUUCCGUGCCUUCCUCUCCCCUAUCCUUUACAGUUUCAUCCCACCCAAUCGGCAAACCGGUUUCGAUUGUACAAGCGACGCUCGAAUGACCGAUCGCACUCGCACUCGCGACUGAAGACGAUCAGUUCAAAACAAACCUUAUCCCCAGGAGGAUGCCGAACGCGAUCACGGGCCUGUUUUUACUGCUGCCCACGGUCGUGGUGACCUUCACAUCGCUACCAUGCGAAAUUCCGAACGAGAGCACGACCGGUUACUGCAUCGCUCCGGACAACUGUCAUGCUUAUCAAAAGUUGAAAAGUGGCGCUCUGGCGGCCACACCGGAAACGAAAGCAUUUCUCAAACAGCUUAGAUGCUCUAGUUCGACUAUAUGUUGCACUAUGAAGCAAGCCUAUGGGAACCCACGCGUUGGGGUACUACCCUCGGGCUAUUUUUCCGAUUUAGCCGAAAACUGUGGAGUAGAGGACAACAGAGAGCGGAUAAUUGGUGGUGAAGCUACCGAUAUCGAUGAAUUUCCCUGGCUGGUGUUGCUAUUCUACCACUCAAAUGUUGUUGAUAAAACGGUUCCAGCCUGCGGUGGUGUACUGAUUUCGAAACGCUGGGUCCUAACCGCAGCGCACUGCGUCACAGGAAGAUCAUAUCGAAACAUGGGAGUACUGGAGUUUGUCCGCGUGGGAGAAAAUAAUCUCGAAACGGAAGUGGACUGCAACAAGAAUAACGACUGCGCUGAUCGAUCGCUCGAUAUAACAGUGGAAAAGAUCGUACCCCAUCCGGAAUAUGUUAGUACGAGUUGGAACAAGUACAACGAUAUAGCGUUGCUCAAACUCACUGAAGACGCUCCCUACACGGACUUCGUGCGCUAUAUCUGUCUUCCCAAUUACUACAAUCUGACGCAAGUGAACACUAACAUAUUCGUCGCUGCCGGCUGGGGACAAACGGAUUUCUAUAAAACCAUCGACACAAUUCCAAGCAAAGUCAAGCUCAAGGUCAGCCUACCGCAUAUGGAGCUAUCGCGCUGCCAGUCGGUCUACGAGCAGUUCUCGAUCCGUGUGGCCGACAGUCAGAUUUGUGCCGGCGGCCGUAAGUCACAGGACACCUGCCGGGGAGACAGCGGCUCCCCGUUGAUGUACUUCAAUCCGUCGUAUAAACGCUGGUUCGCCUACGGCAUUGUCAGCCGGGGUCCGGCCCACUGUGGAACCGAAGGGGUACCCAGCAUCUACACCAGCCUGUUCGAAUUUGACGAUUGGGUCAGCAGUACAAUGAAGGCCAACUGAGUAACGGAACAAAAAAUGCCACAAAUAAACGACAGCUCGAAAGUAA